AUGGGCCCCCCUACACUUGAGGAGGCAAUUUCAGAGUACAGCUACGCCAGAAGACGAUUUUCUACCAGCCAAAACCACCUCCUAGUCGGCCUAUGGACAUUUUUUGAAAAAGCUGCGGCUGGGCUCACUAGCUUAUACAGAGGUAUCGAUCUUUCCUCCAUUCAUAAUACUUGUAGGUAAUCUGGACGGCUGUUCGGACAACCAAUGCCUUAUUGAAGCCCUUCAUCGGAUCGACUCGUUCCAUAGAGGUUGUUUCGCCAUUUCACUAGAAGAGCUAUAAAAUUGCUAAGUACCUAUCGUGCUCCACCUUCCCCUUGUGACCCCAAUGACAAUCAGCAGCCCCCACUGGCUUUUAGCGCACAGCUUUAGUGGUCUUGUUAAAACCUAAGCUAGAGGGGCACAAUGUAAGACCUGUGUCGCGAUAUGGGAGCGGACAUCUUCUGAGGGAUUGUUAGCGCAAAUUCUUCGUUAUGCUAAGGGCUGCCAUUUUGUCAUGCGUAGACCAUAUUCCUCUUCGCAUGUAAACGCGCAUCAGGAAUUUCAUUCAUUUUGCGACCGAAAUAUGCAUUUGUUAUUUUUCUAGAGUUUUGCCAAUUGACAUGCGAACCGAAUCGGAGAUUGCAGGGCCACUCGAACUCGGAUUUCACCACUUACCAACGUUUUCAGUGAACUUCCUCGGUGUUCUUACCAGCCAGCACUGAGUUUGGAAAAAAUGACAUCUCUGAAGAUUUCGAAAUCUGUUCGGCGCAGCACGUAUCCAAGUAAUCUCGAUCGGUCGACUAAGAUAGUGUAGUUUGUGGGUUAUGUUCGUUUGUUGGAAACGCGAUUUUAAAGAAGAACUCAGAGAAUAGAGCGCAAACAUCAUUAGUCGAGGGCUUACAAGUGGUAUUUAUGUAUCCUGGGCCCACUAUCCUUUUUUCCACCCGUGUGGGAAGAUGGUUUUCAUGGAUGUAUGGUCUUCCGACUGCUCUUAUGCCAAUUUUGUCGGUUUUUAAAGGUUCGAACGAAAAUCGCGCGUGCCAGGUUGAUCCGGUGGUUGUCUUCAUCUUCACCCGUUUCACAUGCCUGGUCCGAGAUGGCAGAAGUUGCCCCUUAACUCAGGAACUUCGCCGUACAGAUAUACGCAACUGUAAAACCCGAGGCGAUCACCACCAUAUCGAAGGGGUUUGUUUAAGACUAAUCUAAGCUGCCUUCGAAUACGCUCAGAACUGCGCACUGCAUUUCUGAAAACAUUUCGCCAACACUGCAGCACAGCCAGCCGUGUCUAGGCCCAUAACAUGCUUACCACAUACUGUAACACCUAAGUGGUCUGUCACCACGCGUUAAAUACCCCACACUGAUGAACUAAGUUACUAGAACAAUGCCCAGUUGGACGCCAAAUCAAACAUCGAAGGAAUUGCACAUAUCACUCAGCUGCGUUUGAUCUUUUUCCUAUAAUAGUGACCCCCUAUCAAUCGAGUUAGACCCUGAAAUCCCGAAAAAAACAAAGCAGACGAGUAGAUUAGUAGUAGUGGAUCAAUCUCUUGUACGUUUCCCAAGCUGUUCAUACUUUCUUCCUCAUCCAUAUAGAUAUUCCGAACGAAGCACUCGAUUCUAAUACCACUCUGUUUUUGCCAAGUACGGCAUUGUUUCUAGUCUGACACACGAGUGACAGUUAGAAGUGACGUGUAGCGGGCACGCCAUUCUCGUUCCCCCUGUCUUCCCGUCUAUAAAUACUUUUUAACACUUAGAUUUUGCUUUUUUCCGUCUUAGCCUCAGAGGGAAUCCUCCAGUGCGCAAUGAAACAGGGUGUUGCCCUUGGUUAUCACUUUCAGCGAUUGUUACUUCGUGAUCGUUUUCUAGGGCACGAUUUGGAAGCGCAAAUUCGUGCCUGCGACAUUUUUUCAUCCGUUCUUCAAGACUACGAUGACAGACAAUAUGAACCACUGCACCAAAAACGAAGACGUUCAUGUCGUCGUGCCUGCCACUGCCGUGCCCGCCGUCCUCCAGUCAAACGCUGUCGUCUGCACAGGAUGACUCAUCGCUCUAGAAAAUCGGACUGCUUGGAUGCAGGAAAACAGUCGGCAAAUUUUGAAAGUUUGCCCAAAAACCUAGAGAAAGACGGCCUCGUGCAUGGCGCAGCCUUCGAUUUCUCAAGAGUCUCCCUGGAGCCCCCAAAGGAGUGGCCAUUAUCCAUGGUUGAGUUCUCAUCCGUCCCUGCGUCUCAAGCACUGGACUUCCUCACUAACUAUGCACUAAAGUGUAGGUCCUCUAAGCUGCUAACCGAGACUCAGUUUGCCCUUCGAAAUUCGACUUUCUUUCAGGUCAUAAUUGUCGUUUGUUUAAAAGGACUUCAUAUUUUUUUGUUCUUAAGGCAAAGCGGAAUUGAACUUAACUGGGUAUUACCACACACUUUACUUCUGUUGGGAUACUGCUUUCAGUAUUCGAAAUAUUGGUGUGGUCUCCUCCCCAAUUUCGCAUAUGGCCUAACUUAGCGCUAAGAAUCUUGCCUUCUCUAAACUACAAACUCCAUUAUAUGUAAGCAAAAGUUGCGCAAAGAUCCCAUGUGGUAAUCGCCAUGUCUGAGAGAACUCACUAAAAUUUAUUUUUGUAGACCAUUCAUUGGCCAAUCAACUUGAUUUCAACUAAAAAAACUGCGACUUAGGAACCUCGCGGCCUUCUUCCACUGAAAUCGGUUUUUAUUCCGAGGUAUUUUUUGUUCACUGGCUCCUUAAAGUGCUAUAAUUCUAGCCUAGAGAAGCCCUCCUGAAAUACCAUAGCGACUUCCGUACAACCACCCGCAAACACUCCCAAAUGCGCCGAGUUAUGGGGUAGAUCCUUUGCACUGCGUGACUAUUUUAUUAAGGUUGAGCUCUCUUUAGUAAUUUUAUUUUUCAAAUCUCAAGUUCCGAUAUGACCGUCGGUCGCAGGAAACUACUUUCUCUGUGUACGGAAUCAAUACGGCGACAAAAGGCUCGUCUGACACAGUGUUUGCUGUUGCCUGUAAGGCCAGUACCGACCGCUUCCUGGGCUGUAGGUAUAGAGAAAUCAAGUCGUAUUUAAUGGUCAGAUGUCGGUCAUCCUUGUAUUUUCGCGGAGGAGAGGACGAGUUUUGAGACACUGGAACCGACCUCAGCCAAUUCGUGCUCCGAACUAGAGUAGAUGGAGUGACGAAAUGGUUGCACUCUAGCAUUUCGCCUGACUCCGUCAUGACCAACAGCAGUCUGUGAUAACCUUAGUUGCCAAACCAUCAGCUCCCGAUUAUGACAGAAGCACAUUAUUACUAGCAGUCGUUGAUCCAAAAUCCAAAAUAUCAUGCAUCUCGGAGUUAAUUUUCUACGAAUAGAAUUAAAACGAUACCGUCCUUCCAGUCAGUUAUUCUCAAAGGCCGUCGUUAUGCCUUGAUUGUCGGACGUCUGUGCCGCCAAAACGCUAUAAGCAAGUUCUCGACUUUGUACGCAGGAGACCGCAACUGUUAAUCUAUGCUGCCGUUUUUUCAGGUCCGUUUCUCGAGUGAGGAAUGUGACUUUAUCUUAGAAGACAGCCCGAUUUACCUGUCGCGACGUUGCGCGGAUACUUCAUAUCAUAAGCUAUGACUGAAAAUGUUUGGAUGGACCGUUCGCCAUCUACCUCAUGUGCCUCGUACCGCUGCUGUUUAUAUCUGGCGACGCACCUGUCACAGGUGACGUAUAGGCAGUCAGCCGAAAAUUUGGCUCGAUGCGGUAUAAUAAGUUCCUAGGGCGGUUCUUGGGCCUAAAAUAUUCAACUACGCAGCCGACACGGUCCUCUCAAACUCGCACGCCCGUUCGCUGAAAUUAUUUCCAAACUCUAGAAGUUCGAUUCCCCUAGCUGAUUUACAGCUAAGCAUCCAGGUCGACUAUUCGGAGCUCCAGUAACUGUUGUCAUCGCCCCUCCGCAUCCAAAUGGGGUUGGCGCAUGCGCCACAUAAACAGUUCGAGUCACUUCGACUCAUUGACGGUGUUUUGUGCUUCAUGAAAAUCCUAGCUUGGUGUAUACAUCAAGUUUUAUCUACUCCAAAAAAUGCACACCGCUACUUCGGCUGACACUAACUCGUUAAAUUUUCAAAGAACACGUAUGAGGUCCCCCCUUCAUUGCACCGGCGAAUGGUGCCUCCCGUUGUACGCUAACGUGCACUAUGCAUUUGCCAACCGUAAUUCUAAAAGCGGAAAGCCACAUUCCAUGGAGCUGUUAAGGAACAAUGUUUCCACAAAAAGUCUUAUACGUUUGUUUAUUUUUGGAGUGUCCCCAUCGUUUUCUACGCUUUUGCCCUUUUAAACGAGAAGUAAACUACUUUUGGUCGAACUCUCCCUAGUGGUGAUGACCAUAACUGCGGCUUGGUGCGCAUCGCAGUUACUGACAUAAUCUUCGGCUAAAUCAGUUUUUACCUCAUCAAACGCCCUCUUUAACAAUUUACACAGGGGCCGUUGCGUUUUAAAGGCAUUCCCUCGAAAAAUCGCGCACAUUGCAUAAUCCUGGAAAUGGAUUUCGACAAUCAGACUAAACCGUUGUACUAACCGUGCCUGCAUUGUUUUUGUUCCGUGGCAUAAUGUCCCACCCCCUAAAGACGCUACUUUUUGAGGUACCUUAUGUCGUCCUGCCGCUUAGAACCAAUGUGUUAUUUGAUUGAUCAACACGCCUCCAAAUCCAGAACACAAAAGGUUCUUACCCCCACCGAAUACCCGUGAUUUGACAUUCCUAUUAUCUCGGCGCUCUUUGGGACUCUGACAGAUUUGGGUUAAAUAAACAUGUUGCCCCUUUUCCGGUCCUGCGAUCUUUAAGCCGCUUCUGAGUAGAUGGCCUUUAAUCUUAACCCUCGUCGCGCCCCUAGUAUUUUCAUUACCUUCCCGUCCGUCCGAAGCCUGACGCGGUGCAUAGUAGAAGAUCUGAAUAGACAGGCCUCUGUACUUGAUGAGAAAGUUCACGAAAUAUGCCAGCCAUUUUCGAAAAACAGUUGCCUGGUGCAGUCCACUUGCAUUAACUCUCCUUUUCCUAAUGCCGUUUCCUUCAAGCCGGUUCGUGCGAAAUUUGUGUUCCUUACUGCGACCUACGAAUUCACCAUCUUCCUGCCCUACUGCACCUUGUCUGCUUGAGUCGUCAGGGAAAUAAUUGCGUUUAAGAUAAUGCGUAAGUAGUAGUGAAGCGCCUAUGUACAGAGCAUCUCAGCGUAAAGCAGGUGACCCACUUGUGAUCCGAGCCCCUCGCAGUUGCGUUGUAUGGUUGCUAAAAACCAAUGAAUCAUGUGUCGACUUUCUGCCAGUUCCUAUGCUUGAGGCAUAGCUAGACAAAUUGUGCCACAGCCACAUUAGCACUCAUGAAUACUACGCAGUUAUUCCAUCUACUUCGAUACGAAUCGGCUCAUAUAUCUUUGCCGAUGUUGGGGUCAAACCUGAGGGUGCUUGCUCCACACACUGCAUCAAGUUCCCACAUUACUUUCUCACGGAAUUAAAAGCUUGAUACUGGCGGCUGUAUUUGCAAGCAAUUAGCUUUUGGUUUUAGCGAUGUUUCUUUCAUCUAGUCGAAUGGUUUUUUUAUUAUGCGACUUUCUUUCUAUAGCUCGCCACCGGAGAAGCCGUAGCUACAGGCCUUUUCCAUGCAGCAAUACCAGUUCAGUACUCAUGCCAUCAACCACCGUCGCAGAUCUCGGUGAAGCAGGCCUCAUCCCCACUAGAACUUCAGACACCCCCUGCGUUUCCCCGAAUGCUUUUGGACAUCAGGUCAUUGGUCCACCGCCUUCUCUGUCGCGUAAACGUCUAGCCGAACACGGCUCUUACAUGUGCAAUACGGAUCCGGCUUUCUUGGAUGCCGUCCAUCUGUCGAGUAAGUUUACGCCCCUAUCUUUUAUACUUUUAUCACAGACUUUUAGAACUUGGUGUGUUUAUGCUGAGUAAGUAACCGAACUUUGUUCCGUCCGAUGUCCGGUAGGAAGUAAGUAAACCCUGAUGCAGGAAAAAAGCGGAAGUGACAGUAGGUACAGAAAACCAGCUAAGAGAUCGGGGAGGCGAAGACCAACUUGUGACUAUCGGGUCUAUUCGGUAUGAUGUUUAUGCUUCUUCAGGCUUGUUUAGCUACUUCCGUCGUAGCAGGUCCGUUGUAACUGCUUUUUCUUCGUUUUUGACACCGUGCGUUAAUGACAAUAGUUCCAAGGGCUUCGUGAACCACGCAUGAUCAUUUAUUAUUACGUAGUGAUAAAGCAGUUUGGCGAAAAUUAUUUAAGGCUAUUAACUCUCACUGCCGUGUUCAUUCGUUGCAGUUAUCAGCCUGGUAAUCGUCCUUUCCUUGCACUGCCACAGAGCUUAUGUUAUUAGAUCAGUCGUUCUGUUUCCUACCGAUAAAGAACUUUCCUGUUCCUAAGCAGCUUAUCUUGAGUCUUAUAAUUUCGUAAACUGCAGUACUUCCAGACAAGCUGUCCCCUCACUCACUGGAGAUACGAAUCCUGAUGUCCAUUUUCAGAUCCCAUUGAAGUAAUUUACUCGCAUUACCAAUCCAGAUCCGCUUAUCCUGAGUUGGUAAAGCGUUGCGAACAAUUCCCCGUAUCCCUUGACAUUAUGGGCACCCAUAAUCAAUGACUACUUUCAUCCUACCACUUCCCACCGGAUCACCUUUGUAGACGGCUUUGCGGCGUCGGGCGUCAAAUGUUUCGAAACAACUGGUUUGAUGUCUAUACUGGUGCUCGAGGUCGCGAACAGACGAUCAUUUACUGGUUCGCCAAAGAGGGCAUGAAAGUAGCCCCAAAUGACUACCAUCUCGGUCUGCUGUCCUUUCCAGUUUACCUCUGAUGUUGUUUGUCGUUCAGCUUUUUUGGUCCAAUAGGUAGUCGCCAGUUCGUGAUUCCUAACUCAGGAGUCGGAAUUGGCUUGCUCUGCGACAGCAGUAAGAUUAUCCUGCGCCCCAUUUCAGUGUUAUAAAUGCCUGACCUACUCUUGAUAAAGUUUACGUUGGAAAUACUGACGGAACCUCACUUUCACGCCUCGUUUCACCGCCGAUCUGACCUCACCUGUCGGCCGUGUGUACUAUGCGUCUUUGUGCGCGUCACACCGUGUCCAGUCCUGGAUAUUGUUUGGGGUGUAAUUGGGUAAACACCCCGUUGAGCGAAUUCAAGGUACUUGCUGUCUUUGACGGUUUACCCGUGAGGGCCCGACGUAGCCGUAGUUUGCAUCUUUCGGGGACGAUUCUUCAUUAAUUCUCCUCAUAUAGCGAGAGAGUGCAUACUAAUGUUCUUCGCUGUAUAAAAUUACAAUGAAGUAACCUCUUUCAUCAGAUUCAAAGACCUUUUGUCGUUUAAAGUAAACCUCGUUUUCGUCACCUUUUUGCAGUAUAUUGCGGGCCACAUAUUACAUGCAGUCUCUUACUUCCUCAAACGAAAUCAUUUUCCCUUGAUCGACCAUUUUCUGGUCGAAUUUACUGUUUCUGUUUCGAUUUCUCGAGCCAUCUUUGGUCUUCGGUUAGUGAAAUAUUGCUAACGUCUCCUCUGAUUUUGCCAACUAGGGCUUUCUGUGUACAAUGAAGUUGUGGAAGUAUACAAAAUGCAUAUAUUAUUUCGAAUUAUUUCCAACAUCUCACUGUGACUUCCACAUACCUGUAAGAUUAAUGGCUACGACGUUAGUAGUCAGUCGGUCCUGCACACCAGUCGAUAGUGAGCGGCGCUGGCCGCCAAAAAGUUAAAGAACUUAACUGUAUCACAGCAACUGUACGGACACUUUUGAAUCCGUUGUCAUAUGACCGAUACUUGUUCUUUUUGGUGAUUGGGACGCUUUGAAGACGUUUUGUCCCGAUGUAACUGCUGAAUAAUGUCAGUAACGAUACGAGUACUGAUAGCUAGGGCCCUUAUUACGCUACCAGACGAAUUAAACAGACAUAUUGCGAUAGGCGCCAACGUUAGAUCUUUUGACAGCAACAUGCCGAUAUGGCUUUGCAAUAUAGUUCGUAACAGUUUUGUCUACCUCCGUCUGUACAUAAUUCGGUUGACACUGCAAAUAGCAGUUCGAGGGGUGGUACCGUCGUUCCCGUCCUCUCCUGUCGAAAUGGGGAUUCGAUCGUGCGUCAUUAUCUAAUAUAAGCGAGCUUAGAUGCCCUUCUUACUAAAGUAGUCGGCGGUGUAAGAUAAAAUGCCGUGAGUCGGGUAGGGAGUUCACGAUCCGACAAGAUCACCUCGUCAAUUUGGUUGACCAAAGAGGACUGAACCAAGUGGUUGGCAUAAAUACCACUUUCUGGCACUCAAACAGUUAUCUAGUCUGACCCAAAACGGAGUCUUCUAGAUCGUUGUCCUAGCGUGCCCGGCCAAUGUUUUGUUAUACUCCAGCAAGUAGGAGUAUACCUGUGACUGCAGUCAGCCGUCUACCUUGGUGAUUCUUGUAGUAAGAAAAAUUAAAGUACCCUUCAACUAAGGCAUAUGUUUGUUAUUCGACCACGUGGCUUUACGACACACAUUUGGAGGAUAGACCAUACCCGCAUACAUUUCGACUACCUUCAAGAAAGGGAACAUUCGUUAUGCAUGCCAGGCUCCUUAAGGUUGACGGCAGUCUUUGUGGUCAGCCUCUUUGAUGACUUCUGUCUGUACCAUGCGACUGUCGGGCAGUGUCUCGCCGAAUCCUUGAGCAAUAGCAAUAUUACUGGUAGUCCACUUCCGUUUGAUUUGAGAAUGUUACGGCUACGUCUUAUAAUACCCACUGGAGCUCUCUUUUGUCAGUUGUGUCGCACGAUGACGUGACAUCAUCACGCAACAAGGAUUAACGUCCGAGUAAACUGCCACCAGGGGGAUUUUAGUUCGGCCAAAAAUCAAAUCGAGGAAAUAUGAAACUUUCGUCAGGACAGUUCAUCUGUGCUGGUCUAAUACAUAACUCGUAUGUUUAGAAGAUAAUAACUGCCCGGAGACAUUCUGCCGCUGGCGCUUGCGCUCCUUUCUCCGGGUUCACCUCAAAUGGCCGCUGUAGCGGUUGCGUUUUGCCACUUUUGGCUCCGCCCUCUGCUGUGCCAACCUGAAGGUAAACUCGUCAACAUAUAAUGUCGUCCGGUCUUGCCUAGCCGCGGUGCCCAAGUCUCCAGCUGCAGAUGCGAAGCAAGGCACUUAUGGUCCGCGAUCUACGGCGUACCCAGCCGACAUGCCACUUAAUUCCGUUUGGAUCGGAGAUCUCUUGCCAAUCGAAUGUUCUGGUAGGUAAGUAAUCGUGGCGUAUUUAACCCACUGCAUGAAGAGGAUCAAGUUAGUUAUGAUGAAUGUCGUCAGUUUUGUGUACGAAUGCUGAUCAGUGUCAAAUAAGGCCUUUUCCUAAAAACGUGCAAUGACUUAAUCGGGCGGACCGGUGUCAAACGACCUCUCGAAAGGAAUGAGGAUGUCUUCAGUGAUAUUCUAACAACCUCCUCAUACUGUAUUAUGUGAACUCGUCCUCGUUUACACGACGAGGGGUUCUGUCGUCGCCCAUCCCGACGCGGUACAAACUCGUUUUAACCUUACAUUGCUUUAUUUUACUCCCUCCCCCCCCCUCAAGGCCUAAUUGAUCCGCUGUCUAAGUGCGCUCUCAACAACCUGCCUUCGGCUGCUCCCUCACCCAAGCGCCAACGUUUGAGUCCUCAACCCCAGUCUCAGGAUUUACCUACCUCUUCCAAACAUCCAGUAGCAUGA